UCCCCCCCCCCCUUCCCUCUCGCUAAGCGAAUGAGUUCUCGCGUUAAUGGCUUUACCAGCAUACCCCUUGGCACUUUUCGCCAACCUUUCUUUCGCCGCUGCUUCAGGUUUUGGAAACACUUGGAAAUGGAAGAAAGUGUUGCCGACGGAGAUCCAGAAUUGAUUGUGGGUGACCCUGAUUCGCUGGCCAAUAAAAUUGCAGCAAUUCGUUCAGCUGGUCCUCAAAAACUUCAGGUGAUUGCUGAUUUUGAUGCCACAUUAACCAAGUUCUGGGUUAAUGGAAGUCGAGGGCAAAGCAGUCAUGGCCUUGUGCAACAGGGUAAUCCAAAGUACGAUGCCAAAAGACAGGAGUUAUAUGAGUAUUACCACCCAUUAGAAUUUUCACCAGAUAUCGGACUUGAAGAGAAAACUAAGCUCAUGGAAGAAUGGUGGAGUAAAAGUCAUGCUCUUUUAAUUGAGGGGGGACUUACAAAUGAGUCAAUAAUACAGUCUGUUGCUAAUGGCAACAUUGCUUUCAGGGAGGGUGUUUUCGAACUAUUUGAGUUUUUGGAGGAAAAAGGCAUUCCUGUGUUAAUAUUCUCUGCAGGCCUUGGUGAUAUCAUAGAAGAGGUUCUAAGACAAAAACUUCAUAGAAUUUUCACAAAUGUGAGGAUAGUAUCCAACAGAAUGGUGUUUGAUGAUGAUGGCCACCUUGCAUCUUUUAAAGGAAAAUUGAUUCAUAGCCUUAACAAAAAUGAACAUGCCCUUGAUAUGGGUACUCCUGUUCAUAGUCAUUUGGGUGAUGGGGAUGAUCCUACUGAAGACAAUGCCUCGGUCAAGAAUAGAACCAAUGUUCUUCUUCUUGGUGACCACGUUGGAGACUUGGGAAUGUCUGAUGGUUUGAAUUACGAGACUCGAAUAUCUGUGGGGUUCUUGAAUCACAACAUUGAGAACUCACUUAGCUGCUAUCAAGAAUCGUUUGAUGUUGUUCUUCUGAAUGAUGCACCAAUGACACAGAUUGUCAAGUUGGUCUCUUCAAUGUGCUCAAAGGAGGAGUGAUCAUUGCUACAACUAUGUAUUCUUGCUGCAUUCAUAUUCUUCUUGUUUCAUUUUUCUCAAGGUAGAUAUUACUUGAUAGAAGGUUCAAGGAUUGCAUGUUUGCACUUUGCUAUAGGGUUCUCCAGUAGAGUUGUCUUACGUGGAAGAAUGUUUAUGAGCUCUAAUUUAGGUGCAGUUGAUUGGGGUUGCUGCACGGUUUAAAACAGAAUUAUGAUAUGUCAAAAUUCUUUCUUUACGUAAGCAACUACGUCUCGCUGAUUUGUAGAAAAAUACCCACAAGUUAUAAUUUUGUUGAAGAAAAUGAUAGUGGGAUGUGGGAAUUCCCUGAAGUUGACAA